AUGGCUUACGAGCUCCUGGUCUUUACUACACUUUUGGCAGUGGCGAUCCCGGAUGCGCUCGCUUUGUGCGGCUACUCUACAUUUGGACUUGGACCCGAUCUCGCGAACGUGGUCGCCACAGACAUAACCGACUUGACGGCGAUCAUGUCCCUGAUCUUCGCAGGACUAUUCCCGGUGCUGUGCUUUGUUCUCGACAUUCCUGCCGCGCCAACACCGGUGCAGGUGUGUUUUGGUCUUCUGUCGGUGAUACUGGUGCUGGGCGUCUCCACUCUGAAUUUACUUACGAUACCGGUUAUGCCGCUCAUGGUAUGUUUGGAGCUUACGUUCCUUUUGCUGGCAUGUCUGCGCUGCAAGCUGUUCGGUGGAAUCCCUGCGCCUCAUUUCUUUACAGCGGGAGCACUGAGCUUCGGAAUAUGCACAGGUUUCACCGCCGUCGCUUGUGUUGCAUUUCGGUUCUCCACCGGGACGAUCGCAUCCAUCGAGACACAGAUCAGGCUGGCCAGUAUGUACUCUGAAGUCUUUGCAUACGCAUCCAAAGAUCUGGACGUCUCUUUUAACCAGACGCAGUGUUUCGUGGAGACUGUUUCUCCUGGCCUGAGUGAAGAUCAGCAGGAUUCUUUUCACCGAGCUUGCGCCACCGUCAAUAGCCUCUGGUAUGCGCAAUGGACCACACCAUACGCCGUGCCUUCAUUGAAUGCCCUUUCCGCCCUUUGCUGCAUGGUGUUCGCGCGGACAGAUCCUUCUACUAGAACGUUGGUGUCGGAGAGCCAGACCACCACGUUGACAGAAGCUGAGAUAAAGGCGGCAAAGAUGAUGGCUGCCUUGCUGAAGCGUUUUACUUUUAUGAUGGCCCUUGCAAUGGCUGCUUUAUAUACAGCGAGCACCAUGGUGGUGUCCUCGAGAAUCAGCCUGAUGAGAUCCAUGAUUAUCUUGGCUUUCUGUGUGAUCCUGACCGCCCUGGGAUUCGUCUACUUGGAGACUGAUCGUGUGCUUCUUUCGAAAUUGCUGAACCAGAGCCGAUUUUAUCGGAGCAUCCUCCAGCUGGCAAAGAACGAUUGGAUUCGGGCAUUGUUUAUAUGCUGCACCUGCAUAUUUCUUCCUGGCGUGCUUGGGGCUGACAUGAUCCGUCAGCGUGUACGGGCCUGUUUGUCGUCUGACGCAUCGGCUCGGUCCGGCCGGUUUACGGCGGCUGUCCGGCCCAUGGUGGACGAGUUCCACACCUGGAACUGGACCAGUGUGCUGCGAAAGCUGAACCUGAUUUGCAUUGUUGCUGUAUUGCUGGCAGUGGGGAUGAGAGCGAGCUACGUCUCUUUCUCGUGGCUCAACGUGCAGCUGAUCACAUGGAAUCUGGACAUAUACUUGCUGAGCUUGCUGGUCUUUGCGAUUGGCUUGGGGAUGUUCAUGAUGCCAGUCGUGCCAGGAACCGCCGUGUACAUCUUCGCUGGAGUUGUGCUGGGAUACCAGGCUGUUCGGGCUCUAGCGCUGGAGGAUCAGGCUGAGCUGAGUGGCCAGAGAUGUAAGGACUUCUUGGGCUGCGAUCCGCAUCACCUGGUCGACUCUGCCCACCACCUCAGCAACGACGAGCGGAAGACGAUCAAGUAUCAAUUCCGAGAGCUUCCCGAGGUGCUCAAUGCCGUAGGGACUGUGAAGGCACUGCCGCCCAAGCUUGGGAAGUCUGCCAGCCAGCCUUUCUCGGAUGAUGGCGCCGCUCAGCCAAGGAGCUCCACCCCCCGCCUGGCCAAGACAGGAGGCAUCUCCGGUCGGUUAGCACGCUCGGAAAACAACCUCACACGCCUGGCUGGUACCGUCACAGCCCGCCACCACCUCUGCGAAGCUACUAAGAGCCAACCGCAGCUUCUUUGGGAGAAGGCACGCACGGGCGAACAGGCGCUUCCUGCACUCGCCAGGUCUCUACGGAGCGAACGACUCGCCGUGCUGGCCACGCACAACAACCCGAGCCUGCUUCGCGUCAGCGAAGCUCAAAUCCGGAAGAUCAUGCCAACACUUGUCUCCCUGUGUGGCGGGCCGGAAGAGGCGGCCUACGCCAUCGCCUCGCGCCCUGAGCUGCUCGAGGUCGAGGCUGCAUCGAGCUUUCGAAGCGCUUUGCAGGCCCUGGCGGGCUUCUUCGGGAACCUAAAGGAUGGGCUGUUCCUCCUAGGGCAAACCACGGCGCCACCAUCGGUGAAAGUCCUUGCCCGGCAAUUCUGCCGCGAGUACAUGGUGGGGGAGUACUUCUUGAUCGGCGGCGCGCAGGUCGACGAUCGCCCCGUUUGGUGCAAGCCAGCGUCAUCGAUGGCACACCUGGGUUCCAGAGCCAAAGACGUCUACCUGGUCUACUGCCAGAAGGGUGUGGUUGGGUCGGAUCAGCAGCACCCAUGCUGGACGUUUUCGACCAAGUACACCUCCGCAAUGAAGAAGCAGGAUUACUGCGACCCCGAGAUCUUGGGCUGGGCCGCCUCGAAGGCAAAGUCGCCCGAUCAGAUCCGCGUGGGAGAUUGGCACUUCCCUGCCGAGAACCACAAGACCCAGGUACCAGGCCUGUGGCCGAACGACCGCUUCGUCGACUGCACCGGUGGCGGGCGGCCCCUUGGGCCUUGGCUGUGCUUAUACUCGCCCCAGGACUUGCGUCAUGCCUUUGACCUUGUACGAGUGGCCCUCCACGUUGCAUGGAUGCCUGGUUGUGACUCUGGAAGUGGUCCUCGCCUGCUGGGGCACAUUCUCAAGCAGGACCCCGUAUUUCGGGACAAGAGCAAGAUCGCCUUUCUGGACACUGCGGACUUUGCGCAUAUCCGGCGAUGGCUCUUCUUGCAGGUUCCCGCGAGUCUACCGGACUCCACGCCUGUACAGCUUCGUGCUUGGGAACCUAUCGAGGUCUGCAUGCUUUUCAGUGCAGAGGAGGGUGGCAGCAAAUCGCACGAGGAGGUGCUUGCGAAGGCAGACUUCCGGCUCAUGCCCGAGGGCUCCGUGGUGAAAGUCUUUCCGAAGAUUGCCGGGGCUCCACCGCUAGCGGAGCAGGUGUGGGCCCGGACAUACCCACGGGGACUCCUCGAGUUUCCGAUUCCAGUGGGGCCGUGCAACCUUCCCCCACUGAUAUUUAUGCAUUCGCAGAUCUGCGCCUUGGUACAGGGCACAAGGCCAUGCCUCCGAGUGAG